CGCCCACCGCGCUUGCAUUUUAUCUGCCAGAGCCACUCCAACAUCGCAAUUUCUGCCGCCCGUACAACUAUAACCCCCCCAUCAUCCUGCCCGCCGCUCUUCCUGCUCUUCCCUUCUCUCCCUCACCCCUUCCAAAACACCCUCCAGCCCCUCAUACAAGUCAACCACCUCUCAAAAUGGCUUCCCGUCCCCAGAACAUUGGCGUCAAGGCCAUUGAGGUCUACUUCCCCAGCCAGUAUGUCGAGCAGUCUGAGCUCGAGCAGUUCGACGGCGUCAGUGCCGGAAAGUACACAAUUGGUCUCGGCCAGACCAAGAUGGCCUUCUGUGACGACCGCGAGGACAUCUACUCCUUCGCCCUGACCGCCGUCUCCAACCUGCUCAAGAAGUACGAGAUCGACACAAACUCCAUUGGCCGCCUCGAGGUCGGCACAGAGACCAUCCUGGACAAGUCCAAGUCGGUCAAGUCCGUUCUGAUGCAGCUGUUUGGCGACAACACCGACCUGGAGGGUGUCGACAACGUCAACGCCUGCUACGGUGGCACCAACGCCUUCUUCAACGCCGUCAACUGGGUCGAGAGCUCUGCCUGGGACGGGCGGGACGCCAUCGUGGUUGCUGGUGACAUCGCCCUGUACGCCAAGGGCAACGCCCGUCCCUCGGGCGGUGCUGGCUGCGUGGCCAUGCUGGUCGGCCCCAACGCCCCCAUUGUCGCCGAGCCGCUGCGUGGCUCCUACAUGCAGCACGUCUACGACUUUUACAAGCCCGACCUGACCAGCGAGUACCCUUACGUUGAUGGUCACUACUCCAUCAACUGCUACACCGAGGCUCUGGACGCUGCUUACCGCUCCUACUGCGCAAAGGAGAAGAAGCUGCAGAACGGCACCGCCAACGGCAACGGUGUCACUGACGGGCCCGUCAAGACCCCUCUGGACCGCUUCGACUACAUGGCUUUCCACGCUCCUACCUGCAAGCUGGUCCAGAAGUCGUACGCCCGCCUCUUGUACCACGACUUCCUUGCCGACCCUGACAGCUCUGCCUUCGCCGAGGUGCCCAAGGAGAUCCGGGAUAUGGACUACAAGAAGUCCCUGACCGACAAGGUCGUCGAGAAGACCUUCAUGGCCCUCUCCAAGAAGAGGUUCCAGGAGCGCGUGAACCCCGCCAUCCAGGUCGCCACCCUCUGCGGCAACAUGUACUGCGGCAGCGUCUGGGGCGGUCUCGCCAGUCUGAUUGCUCACGUCCCCGCCUCCAGCCUCGAGGGCAAGCGGGUUGGUCUCUUCAGCUACGGCUCUGGCCUCGCUGCCAGCUUCACCUCCUUCAAGGUUGUGGGCAACACCGAGAACAUCUCCAAGACCCUGGACCUCCCUGCCCGCCUGGAGGCCAGGAGGAAGGUCGCCCCCGAGGCCUACGAUGCUCUCUGUGAUCUGCGCAAGCAGGCGCAUCUGCAAAAGAACUUCAAGCCCAAGGGCGAUGCUUCGACCAUCAUCAGCGGCACCUACUACCUCGAGGAGGUCAACGACAUGUUCCAGCGGUCUUACUCCGUCCAGGCUUAAACGAAUUCCACGCUUUUCCGGUACCAAGAUGGUGUCACUUACACGCAUAGAAUGGGAGGCGUCUGCCUCGGGUUAAGGUCCCUGACCCCCGAGAGAAAAGACGCGAACCGGCGCAACACAGCUUCAGAUUACUAUUGCUUUUGGUGAUUAGCGACGCGCAUCGAACUGCAGGCCACAAUGGCUCGCACUAAUUAAUCACGUCUCAUGAAGGCUAGUUGACGAUAUAUAUGGCCGGCAUGUAUAUAUGACGGGAUUGUCUGAUUGUUCCUGGGGAGCAUCUACAUUAGAGCAUAGACCCGUUACGGGAGCACUGGGACUUAUUAGUACUCAGAACUCAAAAACCAUUUUUACAUCCCCAAGCCCUUGGUCUAUCCUUUUUGUUGUGUGAAAUAUCCCCGGCCACUUCCCUCUGCCCAGCCGAGACUUCCGGGGCCCUGUCUAAUCUAACGGGCAUGAAGCACCUAUGCACGCACGCAUACGAUGGACAAAUACUAUAUAUACAGUCGGCCGGUCUAAUAAGCACGCUCACCUAAAUGUGUCUGUGUCGUGCGUCCAGACUUAGUCGUCCCCCUUCCACUUCCAACCAGCAUUCCUGUGCAGCUUGUAAUCACGGCUCUUGAUACUCUUGUAGAUGCCAUAGAUGCCCCCAAAGGGCCAGACCCCCUUGAGCCCUCGGCCCGCGGCCUUGGUCUUGCCGACGUCCACCUUGACCUUGUCGUAGACGCUGGGGAGCCCGGCCUCGUCGGCCUUGUACUUGGCGCGCAGGGAGUCGUACCAGCCCCUGCCGCCGUACAUUUCCCAAAAGUCAGGCUCGUCGUAGUAGGUAUGGGCGUACAGCCACUUCAUGCCGCCCAGCUCGCGGACCUUGUCCUCGAGGGCCUUGUUGGCCUUGACGAACUCGGCGCGGUCCGAGGGGCCCCAGCCCCAGACGCCGAUGUUGAGCAUCAUGUCGUCCUCCCCCUUGCUGCCGUCCUGCUGCUGCUGCCUCCCGGGCGGCGUCGUGGUGAAGGGGUGGAAGGUCGGCGGGGCCCGGCGCUUCAGGGGGCACAGCCACAGGGGCCAGAUGCCGAGCUCCCUCUCGGUGUAGUCGACCAGGUCCGGGGCGGUGGCGAAGGGGACGGCGAUGUCCUGGACGACGAAGCGGGCGCUCUCGCCGGAGCCGUGCAGGGCGCGGUACAGCAUGCGCGUGUGCAUGAAGUCGUCGAGGAACCAGCGGGUCAGCCUGUUGAAGGGCACCAGCUUGAAGUAGGUCCAGCCGGCGCGGCCGACCCAGAACCCGGCGCGGUCGUAGCGGAAGAGGUACUCUGCCAGCGGGAUGUAGUCGUCCUGGGUGGUGCUGCCCUCGGCUGCUGUCUGGGCCUGCACGUGCAUGUAGAACCAGGGGUCGCCGGCGCGGCUGAAGGUCUGCACGGGCGCGGCGGCGGGCUUCUCGUCGGUCAUCUGGCCGGUGAUGACGACGCCGUGGUCCUUGGAGAAGAGGAUGCCGUCGACGUAGUCGUUCUCGGCGCGGGCGGCCUCCUCCCUCACGGCGGCGACGGCCUCGGCGACGCUGCGGGUGCGGCGGUACCGCGUGCGCACGAACCUCUUGGCCCGCACCAGGUUCAGCUCCAGCAGCGUCGUCACGCCGAGGGUGCCGACGGCCCCCGCGGCGCCGCGGAAGAGGUCGGCGUGCGGCCCGGCGGCGCCGGCGGGCGUGUUGGGGUUCGCGGCGCUGACGACCUCGCCGUCGGGCAGGACGAGCUCGACGGAGGCGACGGUGUCGUCGAAGAAGCCGUGGCGGAAGCUCGAGGACUCGCCGGCGGUGCCCGCGAAGCCGCCGCCGGCCGUGAUCCCCGGGAACUCCAUGACGACGGGGGGCACGAGGCCGUGGCGCAGGGUGUGCUCGACGAGCCUGUCCAUGGGGACGUUUGGCUCGACGAGGGCGGUGCGGCGGGCCUCGUCGACGGAGAGGACGUCGCGCAGGGCCGAGAUGUCGACGACGCGGGCGCGGGCGCCGUGGGGCUGCGGGCGGGUGCUGUUUGUGCUGCCGUGGAAGAUGCGGUAGGGCUCCUUUGCGUUGUAGAAGGCCCUGACCGUGGACGAGAUCUUCUGCACCAGGGCGCGGUGGCGCUCCAUUGUGGGUGGUGGAGUGGGAUGAGAGUGAGGGCGAGGGUGAAGGUGAGGGUGAGUUGAAGGUGAGUGGAGAUGAUGAUAGUAAGAGUGAGAGUUGUGCUCCGGGUCUGCCCUCGUUUCCACCGACCAGCCAACCGCACUGCAAUUGCCUCCCCUUGCUCGGUUGUAAACACGCUCGCCCUCCCUACAGGCCGGCGUUGACCACUGCUGAAACGGGUCUGGUGCUCGGCGAUAGGGUGACUUCGUCCGGUCGUUGAUGUGUUGCUCGUGCA